AUGAAUGAUAAUGAAAUUCUAAGUCCUACUAAAAAAGGUAUAAAAUUAGAUGUAAGUAAAUUAAAUAUUUCAAAUUUUAAUAAUAUUUCAAAAAAUGAAAAUAAAAAAAAAGAAAGUUAUAUAAUUGAUUAUAAUAAAAUAAAAAAUAGUACACAAGAGUUUUAUAUAGAAUUAAAUGAAAAAGACGAAACAAUAAAAAAUAGUGCUAUAAUAAAAAAAGCGCAAUAUAAUUUUGAUAAAUCAUCAUCUUCUGCUUCCUUUUCAUCGACUUCAUACCCAUGCUCUUCUGAAAGCGAUUCGUCGAAUAAUAACAAUAAUAAAAUAAGUAAAGGAAAAAAUAAAAUAAAAAUAAACAGUGAUAAUAUAAAUGAAAACAUGAGAAAAAAACAAAAAAAACAAAAUUCGCAUAAAUAUAAUUUAAAAAAAAAAAGUAAAGAAGAAAAAAAAAAAAAUGAUACAAACAAAACAAAAGAUAAAAAUAUCAUUAACAGAAAUACGAAAACAUUAAAAAGUGAAAAUGAUAAAGAACUAAUUAAAAAAAAUAGUUCAAAUUUACUAAUGAAAAGAAAUAAUAAAUGUAUUUCAAAAGAUGGAGAUACAUAUGAGAAUGUCAAGAAAAAAAAAAAAUAUAUGCAUGAUGAAAAUAUAAACGAAGAAAAUAUAAAUUCAAAACAAAAAAAAAAAAAAAAUAACGAAAGUAUUGAUAAUAUAGUAAAUAUAAUAAAAAGUAAUACUAUUAAUCUUGUUAAGGAUAAUUGCUGUGAGUAUGAAGAUGGAAUAAUUUACGAAAGUAUAUUGAUAAAUGGAAUAAAGUAUUCGAUAAAUGAUAAUGUUAUGAUAUUUUAUUCAAACAAUAAUAAUAAUAAUAAUGAGAAUACAUAUAAAAUAAAAAAAGGAAAAAUAUCAGGAUUUUAUAAAAAUCUUAACAGUAGUAAUGUUGAAGUAGAAAUAUGUCUAUAUUACGAUAAAAACGAUGAAACAUACAUAAAAGAAUUAGAAAAGAAACAGAAAUCAAGAAGAUCAAAAGGAGAUUUUAUAGAUUUUCUUGAUGAAAAAAAAAAGGAUUUUUAUUUAUUAGGAAAUAUUGAAUUUAAAAUAUUAGAUGCUAAUUUAAUUUUGAAAAAAAUAAAUGUAUAUAAUGAAAAAAAAUUAUUUGAAGAAGACAAUACUUUAAUUAAAGGAAAAGAGAAAUUUCUUUGCACUCAUUAUUUAAAAGAGAGAGAAGAUAAAAUAUGUGAAAUACAAAAUGAAGAUCAUUGGGAUAACUUAGUAUUAGGUUCAAGUGAUUUAUAUUAUUAUUUCUCUAAUAAUAAAAAAAAUAAUAAAAGCAAAUCAUUAAAAUUAAUUAUAGAAAAAUUAAAAAUAAAUGAAGAAAUGGAUAAUGAAAAAAAAGAUUUCAAACAUAAUAGUACUAACCAUUCAACAAAAGCAAAUACUACAACAAAUGCUAAAAGUAGAAACAUAGAUCUUAAAACAAAUAAAUCAAAAACAACAACCCAUAAGGAAAGUGCAAAAGAAAAUGCUCAUUCAAAAAAUGUUGAUCAUUGUAAGGAUACAUCUUUCAAUAAUCUCCUGAAGCAAGAUCAGGAAAAUUAUUACAUUAAUUUAUUAUGUAAUAUAAAAGAUCCUACUGAUAAGGCAAUUAGGAUGAUGCAGCUAGAUGUAGUACCCAAAUAUUUACCGUGUAGAGAAAAGGAAAUAAAAGAAGUUCAUGGGUUUUUAGAAUCAGGAAUUAAACAAUCAGGAAGUAAUCAGAUUUUAUAUAUAAGUGGAAUGCCUGGAACAGGAAAAACAGCCACUGUAUAUAGUGUAAUUCAAUUAUUGCAAAAUAAGAGUAGACAAAAAUUAUUACCACCAUUUAAUGUAUUUGAAAUAAAUGGAAUGAAUGUUGUUCAUCCAAAUGCAGCCUAUCAAGUUUUCUAUAAGCAAUUAUUUAAUAAAAAACCACCUAAUGCCUUAAAUUCGUUCAAAAUGAUUGAUAGAUUAUUUAAUAGAAGUCAAAAAGAUAAUAGAAAUGUAUCCAUUUUAAUCAUUGAUGAAAUUGAUUACUUAAUUACUAAAACGCAAAAAGUUCUUUUUACUUUUUUUGAUUGGCCAACAAAAGUAAAUAGCAAACUAGUAUUAAUAGCUAUUUCUAAUACGAUGGAUUUACCUGAACGAUUAAUACCAAGAUGUAGAUCUCGAUUAGCAUUUGGACGCCUAGUAUUUAGUCCUUAUAAAGGAGAUGAAAUAGAAAAAAUAAUUAAAGAAAGAUUAGAAAACUGCAAAGAAAUAAUAGACCAUACAGCUAUCCAAUUAUGUGCAAGAAAAGUAGCAAAUGUAUCAGGAGAUAUAAGAAAGGCAUUGCAAAUUUGUAGAAAAGCUUUUGAAAACAAAAGAGGACAGAAGAUAGUUCCAAGAGAUAUUACUGAAGCGACUAAUCAACUCUUUGAUUCUCCUCUAACAAAUGCUAUUAAUUAUUUACCAUGGGCAUUUAAAAUAUUUCUUACUUGUAUUAUAAUUGAAUUAAGAGUGCUUAAUGAAUUUAUUAUUCCUUUUAAAAAAGUGGUUAAUAGGUAUAAAACAAUAAUAGAAACAAGUGGUAAAUAUAUAGGCAUGUGUAGUGAUCAUGAAUUAUUUAAAAUCAUGUUAGAUAAAUUAGUAAAAAUGGGUAUUCUUUUAAUUAGACCUUAUAUACCUCUAGAAAAUUUAUCGAAAAGAAAAACAAAAGAAGCUCUAUUAGGUUUUAAUGAAUCAUCAAAAAAAUCUGAAUACAGAGGCGCUAAAACACAAGUCAGUGCAGAUAUUGAUAAAGAAUCAGGAGAUAUGGGAUUAGAAAUUAACGUUGAAACUCAAUUAAUAAUUACAGCAUUAAUGAAAGACCCAGAAUGUUCAAAAAAAUUGAAUUUUUACUCAAAUAUAUAA